AUGCUCUGUGAUAUCAUUUACAAUUUUGCGAGUAUCCUGCUUUUUGCGACUGUGAUCUCCGCCGUCAAUCGCGGGACUGACGAUCGAUUGUUAUAUGAUUACGGGGUCUCCACAACGACGCGAAGACCAGUUACUCCAAAGGUGGAUCCUUUCGAAGCCGAUGACUUAGCUCGACAAGAACUCGACGCAAUUUAUGGACCAACCGGAAAUUAUGGAAGAGAAAGGAGACCAUUUCCGGGAAACAUGGCUUCACAAAGAGACCAGAUACCAUUCGAUUCAGGCCACGCAUCAGUCAGCAGGGACCGAAAUCCGUCCGAAGACGGAAGAUCGUUCCAAGGCGGUGAUGAGAACCUAAACGAACAGAAGCCUGCUGUGAUGAACCAAACCGUCUUAAGCCGAGAUCGUCGUCCAUUUGAAGAAGACAAGUUUAAUCGUCGACCUUAUGAAAUAGACAGGGAUCGCAGACCUUAUGAUAUCGACAGGGAUCGCAGACCUUAUGAACGUGAUCGCAACAUAGGCCCGGACUUGUCUUAUGGUCGCGAUAACCGCUACAAUCCGGGUUACGGAUCGGGUUUGUUCGGAAGCAACAGGAAUUAUCCCACUUCGCUUCGUGGGAGUUGGAAUGAAUUUAACGUGGACCCGAACAGGCCUUAUGACUCCAGAACUAGGAACACGUUUAGACAAGGUGCGACUAGAUACCGUGCUGGAAGAGUGCGGGAAAACGACUUGGGAUGUCCGACUUGUGUUCAGUGUGGUCCAAUCUCGGAUUGGCGUUCCGAUUUGCAGGGAUUAUGCAGAGAAAGCCAUGCUCAUGGGCUGGAUCAGAGCGUGACUGUGAAAACUGGUUACGGCACCAUCGAACCUCCUCGUCCACACAAAGGCUGGCAAUUAUGGCAGGCGACGGAUUUCGGACCAGCUUGUCCCCAGCCAGCCAGACACGUUGGUGGGGCACAAAACGUGUGGGAAAUGGAUGAAGAUUGCUUGUAUCUGAACGUUUACACGCCUUCUGUUUCUGGGGCAGUUGUGAACAAGUAUCCGGUGAUUGUGUAUAUUCACGGUGGACAGUUUGAACACGGAGCAUCGAACCAGUUCCCACCUCAUGCUUUGGUGGCCUGGCAUGAAGUCGUUGUUGUGACUUUCAACUACAGACUCGGGGCUUUGGGUUUCCUGAGUACCGGAGAUGAACAUUCACCAGGAAACUAUGGGAUGCUGGACCAGGCUUUGGCCAUUCGUUGGGUCUAUGAAAAUGCGCAUGUGUUCAAUGGAGACCCGAGGAGAAUCACGUUAUGGGGUGUGGGUGCUGGUGCAGCUGCAGCAGGGUUGCACGUGCUGACCCCGAGGACCAAGGACAAGGUCUUUGGGGUGUUUGCCCAGAGUGGGUCUGCCUUGGCUGAUUGGGCUGCCAUCAAGCUACCAGAACAAGCAAGAAACACCAGUCGAGUUUAUGCCGCAAGGAUUGCUUGUCCAAACGACAAUGCUUUCAAAUUGGUCGAUUGUUUGAAGAAGGGAAGGAGUUUCAAUGAACUGGCAAACCAGGAAAUUGAACCUGACCUGGGAUUGUUUACUUGGGCUCCAGUGGUGGACAAGAAGAUCAAGAAGCCCAACUGGCACACGGAUCAACCCCCUGAAGACUGGUCAUUUCUGCCUGAUGAGCCAGAGAUUUUGCUAGACAGAAGAGAACACAGGCUUGCUCAGUACAUGACUGGGUUGACCAGAGAUGAAGCUUCUCACAUGCUUUUUGAGAACAAGACACUGGCGCCAUCUUUUGAGGUUGGACAACAGUUCAUGGAUGAGCAGAUCAGGAAGUAUGUUCACAAGUACAAUUUUACUCUGAAUCCUGGAGGAGUUUUUGAUGCCAUACAGUCCCAGUACACCUUUUGGCCUGAUCCUACAAACACAACUAUGAUCAGGGAAGAGUACAUCAAUUCUGAAGGGAACACCUCUGUUCACGGAGUACCAAUUGAUUCUUUGUUUCUGGCUGGGGCUCCUUUCAUGGACAAAGAAUUUUUUCCUGAGUCCAUGAGAGUAGACAAGAGAGCUUGGACAGAAGGUGACAGGAAUAUGAGUGAAUUCUUCAUGAAAGCUGUGGCAAAUUUUGCUCAUCAUGGGAAACCAACUCCUGAACAGAUUUUGAACAUCAACUGGGAGAAAGCACUUCUUGGAGAUUUGAGGUACCUGAAUGUGAACAAUACAUUCAACACCUCUAUGCUGACAAAUUAUAGACAGCAAUACUUUGGAUUCUGGACAAACUUGUACUGGUGGGAACCAACUGGACCAAUUCAAAUUGCCUUCUGGGGAGCCUCAGGAGCUGCCAUUUUGUUUAUGAUCAUCGUAGGAGUCUGUUGCUGCUUGUGGUGUUCAUCCAGAAGAGCCUUGACAAAAAUGCGCAGGGAAUUUGACGACUCAGUCCUCUAUCCGUGUGUGGAAGAGAACUACAAUGCAUUUGCCACUCCUUCUUCAAUACCUGCAACCCCUCUUCCACCCCCGUCGUCUACCCUGGCACUGAUCCCCGACAGCAAGGAAGAUCUUUCUUCCAGUCAAGCCGUCAUCAUGAACCCAGGGAAGUAUGCCAAGAACCAACAGGCUGUUGGGUACACCAAGCGCAGUGUUGCCAAUGGCAAGGAGAGGCCCAGGUCUGCAGUUGGGAUGGGCAAUGGUAGCAACAGCAGCAGCAGACCUGAUGUGUAUUCUCAGUACAACACACAUCUGAGUAAAUCAAGUGAUGAGCUGGCCUCAGGAUACCAUGAGAAACCCAUGCCAGUCAGCAAAAGUUCUGAUCGGUUGGUUGAAUAUGACUCCUCAAGGCGUCCAUAUCCUCCUCAACAGCAGCAGCAGCAUAAUCAUCACCAUCAACAGCCUCAACAACAACAAGCAAGACCCCAGACAGUGAAACCAGUUCCACCAGUGGUUGCCAGAAAACAGCAGCGCAUGGAUGAGCCUGAUUUCAGAAGUGCUCCACCUUCUGCAACAUCCACACUUCUAAGCCGGAGUAAUUAUGAUGCAGACACAUUGCCUAUGUCCAGGAGAUCCUAUGUUGUGGAUGAUGGAGUGGCAUCUGGCAUAGGAGUGCCAGUGCUGCCAUCUGUGGCUCAGAGAUACACUGGCAGCAGCAAACAUGGUGACACUUCCGCAUCAUCCUUGUUGUCUACAAAUUCAUCCUCCAAGCCAUACUUGGAAAGCACUUGCUGAGUGCUGGGAUACCAUGAAUAUAUAUUUUUGGCAUCCCAUUAUGAGGCAAAGUCUGAAAAGUUCUCAGAAACCAACUGCGGAAAUGGCCAUGAUUUUGAGGAAGUUUUAUGAUUCCUCAUUCAAGAUGAUUUAUUUGACAGAUGGUUACAUUCUACCUCUGAAUUAUUUUGCCAAGAAUGUGCCUUCUGGGUUGUUUCUGAGUACUCUUCAGAUUUUACAGAUAUUUUUUUGUAUCAGGGCUGCUGGGGGACUUGAUGCUGAACAAGGAAGAGAGAAGCAACAAACAAAGGUUUUAAAAUUGUCUCUGUUUGUCAAAAUUGAGCCAUGUAACAAAGCUGCCUUCUCCCAGCAGCCCCUUUGCUCAGGAUUGGACGUAGUAUGUUAGCAGGCAUUGUGUGUCAAAAUUUGCUUAUGUUCAGCCAUGCUUCAGCCGCCCUUGGAGCUGCUCCCAAGGGCAUUUCGUUUUUUUUAUACAUUUGGUAGUGGCAGGUGUGUUUCUAGUUUAAUGAUCUCUUUCUGGCAAGUGCCACAUAUUGAAAAGCACUCCGUCUGUUGUUUAUUGUAAUAUUUCGCUCGUAUCUGUUGCAUUCAUUGUUCAGGAAAUCAGUACAAUGGGGGAAAUCAUAGCACAUUCCUAGUGGAUUGUAUGGAGCUUGAAAGCGUGCUUUUUUUUGGUACAUUUUAUUCUCUCAAGAGCGCAUUUUAUUGUUAUUGGGAUGUGAAGUUAUUUCGUUGCGGAUUGAUGUCAGCUCGUGUGAAGCCAAGGUUGUCAGCUCUUGUGUAACUGGAUUCCACCCCUGGUUCUUUUUUUUUUGUUGCUCUUGUUUUUGAAUCCCAGGAAUUGAUCGUCUAUUUUGCAGCAUACAUUAAAAAGAGUUUUACGCGGAA